AUGAGUUUUGGCACGUUGGAGGGGCCAAGUGCUGCCCCUCAGCCUUGCUUGGGCCUGGGUCUGGAAGAAAUAUUCAGGGUUGCAUCAGCAUUGCCUGAAGAUGUAAGAGCAGGCCCUAAUCCUGGUGUCUUUCCUUGGUCAUUGGUGAUAUGUGCAGCUGUUGGAUUUUUUGUUGCUCUCUUGUUUUUGUGGAGAAAUGUUCAGUCUUUUAGAAGCAGGUUUUCCAUGGGAAGAAAACUGGCUCUAAAAGUUUCUGAACUACUUUCAGAAAAAUGCAGUCUUGUUCAAAAAGGGUGUGAUGGCUUGGAGUCAUCCUUAAAGGAUUUGAGUUUUGUGAAGGAAUCAGUAGAAGCACAAACUUUGGAGGCAACGUAUGAAAAGCUGAAUGGGUCCAAAUCUAAACUUGAAGAUGAAAUACUCAUUCUAGAAAAAGAGCUAAAAGAAGAGAAAUCUAAACAUUCUGAACAAGAUGAAUUGAUGGUGGAUAUAGCAAAAACGAUAAAGUCCCUAGAAGAGGAAUCAAAAUCCCUCAAGUCACAAGUAUCUGAAGCUAAAACAACCUUCAGAAUACUUCAAAUGAAUGAAAAAGAACUGAAAGUAGCAAUAAAAGAGGCUUUGAAUGAGAAUAACCAGCUUCAGGAAAGUCACAAACUCCUUUUACAAGAAGCUGAAGUAUGGAAGGAAAAAGUGAGUGACCUUCAUAAACAGAAGAUAACAUUGGAAGACUCUAAAGUACAGGCAGAAGAAGUUCUAAGUGAUACAGAAAAUCACAUUAAGUCUGUGACCGAAUGCUUGCUAGAGAUGAAGGAUGGGGCUCCUGUGCCUGGAGAAGACCUAACAGAUGAUGGUAACUUAAAGUUGGAAGUGAAGAUUGAGUCAGAAAUUGGUGCUCACUUAGGAAAUCAGCCAAAAGGAGCUUCGAAGGAACUGGUUCAUGCUGUUAAGUUAAAUGCCUCUUUAAAAACCUUAGGAGAAAGAAAUCAAAUUUAUACUUCAUUAUCUGAAGUAGAUGAAAGAAAAGAAGAUCUUACAGAAUGUAUUAAAAAUCUUGAGACUGAAGGAGAAUCUUUGCGGUCAGAAAAUACACAGAUUGAAAGUGAGAACCAGAAGCUUCAGCAGAAACUUAAAUUAAUGAUUGAACUGUAUGAAGAAAAUGAAAUGAAACUCCUUGGGAAAUUAAUAGCAGAGGAAGAGUGCCGGUUUGAGAAAGAGGAGAGAUUUUGCAAAAUGAAUAAAAGGAUCAGCCUCGCAGCUAAACAGCUGGAGACCUGUAGAAAGCAAGCCAAAGAUUUGGAGGAAGAAUUGGAGAGUACCAUUCAUUUUUAUGAGAGGCAGAUUCUUUUCUAUGAUUCUCAUAGAGCACCUGCUGACACUUGGACCCUGUCAUCUCCAUGGGAACUGAACUGUAAGAUGAUGAGCCCUCCACCAGGCCCAAAGUAUUCUGAUCUACCUGUUCCUCUACAAAGGCAAGAUGGAUAUUUUAGUAAUUAUGGUAGACUAUCUGGACCAGCACAACUCAGAAGGCUUAAUAUGUCUUCUUUGUAUAAAUUGAAUGGGCGUAUGUCUUUAGAAAUGGAAUCCAGCAGAAACAAUACCAAAGAUGAGCUUGAUCAUUUAAAUGUGCCAGAUUCAUCUCGCCCUGCUGAAAAUCAAGCAGCUGGCUCUGGCUUUGUUUUUGUACCUCUCGUUCCAGUCAGAAAUCCAUCCCUUCGAGUUAAUGCAAGGAGGAAUUUCAUGAGAAGAGGAUCUUUCCUUCCUCCACCUCCUCCAGGAAACAUGUGUGGAGCAUCUGGAGAUUAUUAUCCACGUGGCCCCAAACCCCCUCCAUUCCCCGUGUGAAACAUCUAUUCACUGAGGCCUUUUCCUCAUUAUCUUUUCCCAAGAGCUGUUUUCCCCCCAUCCCCACAUUCUGAAAGUAGAAGUGAGUUCCCUUCAGGGUUGAUUCCACCUUCAAAUGAGCCUGUUGUUGACCAUCCAGAACCACAGCAAGAAAUUUGA